AUGGACUUUAAAGACAUAUCCAGCUGUGUGGUGCCCAACGAAGCCUCCCUCUCAGACGAGCUUAAAACAUUUUAUGAUCGCUUCCAGGCCAUAGUCCCCACCUGCUUCAAGGAGACCACCAUCGUCUCAGUGCCCAAGAAAAGCAAGGUGACAUGCCCAAAUGACUAUCGCCCCGGUCGCCCUCACCCUGGGGCCCACAAGGGGUGUGUACUCAGCCCUCUGCUGUACUCCCUGUUCAUCCAUGACUGCAUGGCUUUACACAACAGCAACUCCAUCAUCAAGCUUGCUGACAAGACCACGGUUGUAGGUCUGAUCAACAACGACGAGUCAGCCUAUAGGGAGGAAACCAACAACACCACCACUCUUGUCAAGAGGGCGCCCUCCAAGUACUCCCACUACACCGUCGACAGCGCCCUGACCGGUUGUAUCACAGCCUGGUACGUGAAUUGCUCUGUCCACGACCGCAAGACCCUCCAGCGGGUGGCGAAGAUGGCCCAGUACAUCACUGGGACCAUACUCCCCACCCGUAAAGGACAUCUACUCGAAACGGUGCCUGAGGAAGGCCCGCAUUUGGAUGACAAAAAGGGAAUCGCUGUGGGCUCAACAUAUAGAAAUGAGAAGCAGGCCAAAGAGUUUAUGCACCAUAUUGCAGAGGUGGAGAGAAACAACAUCAGAGAGAAUCUGAAAAGCACCAAAUUUCUCUCCAUCAUGUCAGAUGGCUCCACAGACAGUUCUGUGAAAGAGGAGGAGUUAGUUUAUGUCAGAUUCUGUCAUAAGGGCAAGAUCGAGUCGAAGUUUGUUGGCAUCAAGUCAGUGGAUAAGGCAGACACGGCACACAUAAGCAACGCCAUCAGUGCCAUCAAGGAGGGAGUGUGUGAUGAGUGGGGGAGCAAGUUGGUCGCUCUGGGAACAGAUGGAGCUGCUGUGAUGACCGGAGCCAAGAAUGGUGUGGUCAGCCGGCUGAAGGGGGAUAUGGCCUACAUCAUCGGCAUCCACUGUAUGGCACACCGCCUUGAACUGACCUUUUCUGAUGCCAUCCAGUCCAACGUGAUUUUUCAGAAAGUUGAAGACCUCUUCAGUGGGCUGUACACCUUCUACCACACCAGUCCACUGAGCAGGGCAAACCUGGUAGACAGCUUCCAAGCUCUUGGGCACACAACACUGUUGCCCACCAGAAUUGGCGGGCUCCGAUGGGUAGGACACCUACUGGACCACUUCCUGCGAGGUUACCAGGGGCUUGUCCAGCACCUGGAACAGAUUCAAUCUGCUGAUUCCCACCAUCACCAUAGCAGAAGCCCACAGCUCCUUGUGCUCAUCACAGGCAUUACUUAAUAAGUACAAAACCGGGUAUGUUUAUUUAAGCUGCAAUAAGAAAUACUUACCUUAAGAGAAUUAAGAGAAAGGAUAACGUCAAUGAGAGAGUGUGAGUCAGAGUGUGUUGUAAAGGAACAUUCUGAAAGGAUGGUCAAAUUAGCCUUUUAUUAUCAGAGAAGGCCCCAUGAUGAAGGCCACAAUGGCCAACAGAUAUAAGGGAAUUUCGCUGACCAGAGGUGACAGUAAGACCCUCGUCACCUCACAGGACACAAUGCUUGACAGGCUAGUCAAGAUUCCAGGAUGCCAGUGUAGGGGUCCUGUGUGUGCCACCAAGCUGGUCAGCUUCACCAACUGGCCAGAGUCAGGAGAUAGAGCAGCAGGUUACUUUAUGUUUUGUAUUACAGGGGAGUCAGGUUAGGUUCAUGUUCAUGAUACAUUUUUUUUUAUAAUUUGAGAAUCAAAACUGCAUGAUGCUUGUUAUGUAAUGUAUACAAGUAUUAUAGAUUUUGGUGACACUGAACUGGAAACCCUGGUGGACCACUUCAAGCAUGUCUUGGAAACCUCUGGCAUCCAUGUUGAAAGGAUCCCUGACCAGUGGACUGUCCUGAAGGUGCUGACGUACCAAGAGCCCCAGUCCCUGCAGAAGAUGUUCUGGUUCUGUGUCAACAGGAGCCAUUAGCAUUUCUGCCCUGAUUUGCUGGCAUUGGAUGACCUGGUCCUGUCCUUCCCUGCCUCCACAGCUGAAUGUGAAAGAGGUUUUAAUACCAUGAAACAGGUGAAAACCGAUUGUCGGUCUAACCUAAAGUCUGAUACACUGUCAUAUCUCCUUUAUGGUCCAGCUGUUCUCUCCAGAGAUCAGGGGAAUGAUAUGAUAAAAGCUGUGAUGCUGUGGCACCAGGACUCUGUCAGGAGCAGGAGGCCAGACUUCACGGACCGUGCAAAGAGGGUGAUUGUGGUAGAGAGUGAGGAGUCUGAUGUGGAGGUUUAAGUUGAUUAAAAUGUACAUUUAAUAGCAAAAACUAGCAAAAACUAGCAAAAGACUUCUUCAGUUGUGUUCAGGCUGGGAAAAUAAAUGAAUAGAUGAAAAAAAUCCACCAGCCAAGCAUAUUUCUUACCGGAGAAAAAAAAAAUGCCUUUUUGUGUCACACAUACAGCUGAAAUCGGAAGUGUACAUUUUUAUUUAUUUUUUUAUUUUACCUUUAUUUAACCAGGUAGAAUAGUUGAGAACAAGUUCUCAUUUGCAACUGCGACCUGGCCAAGAUAAAGCAUAGCAGUGUGAACAGACAACAACACAGAGUUACACAUGGAGUAAACAAUAAACAAGUCAAUAACAUGGUAGAAAAAAGAGAAUCUAUAUACAAUGUGUGCAAAAGGCAUGAGGUAGGCAAUAAAUCGAAUAAUUACAAUUUAGCAGAUUAACACUGGAGUGAUAAAUCAUCAGAUGAUCAUGUGCAAGAAGAGAUACUGGUGUGCAAAAGAGCAGAAAAGUAAAUAAAUAAAAGCAGUAUGGGGGUGAGGUAGGUAAAUUGGGUAGGUAGUUUACAGAUGGACUAUGUACAUACACCUUAGCCAAAUACAUUUAAACUCAGUUUUUCACAAUUCCUGACAUUGAAUCUGAGUAAAAAUGCCCUUUCUUAUGUCAGUUAAGAUCACCACUUUAUUUUAAGAAUGUGAAAUGUCAGAAUAAAAUGAGAGAGAAUGACUUAUUUCAGCUUUUAUUUCUUUCAUCACAUUCCCAGUGGGUCAGAAGUUUACAUACACUCAAUAGGUAAUUGGUAGCAUUGUCUUUGAAUUGUUUAACUUGGGUCAAAUGUGUCGGGGAGCCUUCCACAAGCUUCCCACAAUACGUUGGGUGAAUUUUGGCCCAUUCCUCCUGACAGCGCUGGUGUAACUGAGUCAGGUUUGUAGGCCUCCUUGCUCGCACACACUUUUUCAGUUCUGCCCACACAUUUUCUAUGGGAUUGAGGUCAGGGCUUUGUAAUGGCCACUUUAAUACUUUGACUUGGUUGUCCUUAUGCCAUUUUGCCACAACUUUGGAAGUUGGGGUCAUUGUCCAUUUGGAAGACACACUUGCGACUAAGCUUUAAUUUUCCCUAUUCAUGAUGCCAUCUAUUUUGUGAAGUGCACCAGUCCUUCCUGCAGCAAAGCACCCCCACAGCAUGAUGCUGCCACCCCCGUCCUUCACGGUUGGGAUGGUGUUCUUCGACUUG